ACCUUGACCGAAGCUGAACCUGGAGGUGGUAACAAGGGCAGAUAAUGUUUAUUUCAUGAAGAUAUAUGUUAAGACAUAUUAUGAUAUGUACUUGACAUUUUUUCGAUAUCGCCAUGUAGGAAAUUAUCAUAUUUGUUGUCAUCAAUUUAUCUUAUUUAUAUGGCCAUUAAAACUGCCUGGUCAUCUGUUUAUGGUCUGGUGCACAGAAGUCAAAGGCCGCUAAUAAACCCAGUAAUUCAAAGGUCAUACUUUUCUUUUAGCUUGCCAUAAAUUUGAUAAUUAGGCAAAAUGUCAACAACUGGUGAAUGGUAUAGGACCCACAUUGACAUGUAAGAUAAAGCGCUUUAGCGACAUCGUACAAAUUAGAAAAGAAAACUGAAAUGAAAUGGCGCAAUUUUCACUUUUAAAAUGCACAUUUGCAUCAUGACACUCCACCCGAUAUUGACGCUGUUGGCUUUUCAAAUUCGCAUUCGACACGAAAGAUAAUGCAUAAAUAUGAUAACAUAAUGACGCAAGUGUAUUCGAUUCAUUACAGGGGAUACCUAUGGUGACGUCAUAUCACUGAAGAGCCUUGCACGUUCAGCUCUCCGUCUCCAUCCACUGCCGGCCUCUGCAGUAAAGUUGUAUGCCUGUACAACAUGCAUCCGGGUUUGCGGGGAUGCAAACUAUCACAUGGGAACAGAGGAUGAUGUAUUUUUCAUUCACCUACACCAGGCACAGGUUGACAGAAAAACAAAGGGAAUGAAACCAUCUGCGGAGUAUCAAUUCAAGAAGGCUUUAUCUUCAAUGAGAAAUUCUGGUGGUGGUGUUCUGUUUGUGCAUGUUGGCAAAGGCAUAUUCAGAGAAGAUAAAGAUGCAUUCCAAUCGACUGUUGUCCCAGUAUUGGGCGCAAUGUUAACUGAAGAGGAGAUAAUGUCAGAUGGCUUUAGAUGGCAUCGUGCAGUGAGUGAAGGGGAGCAAGUGUACAAAGUAGAUGUCUUGCCAUCCGAAACGUUUAUAAGUGCUGACUUGAAAACAAAGCUGCUUGCUUGGUGCGUAGAUAAACAUGUCACUGCGUCUGUUGAGAAAUUAAGGCAACUUCUGUUGUCUAAACGCACCGUAUCAACGACCGAGCCCACUGUACAAGGAUUGCCUCAUCUGGACCAAGCUGAUGCUGUGAAGAUCUAUGUUGACAGAAAUGAUGACAAGCAUGUCUACCAGUCACUUGGUGCACCUUACCGUUCAGUAAGCGUAUGGGUGAAUCAUAUCAUCAAUUCUUGUUCAUUACCGCAAUAUGUCACAUCCAUUUCCAAGAGAAAGCAGGGUGGGUCUGUAUAUGUUGGCGUGACAGGUCACAACAACAACGAUGAUAUGGAUGGAGUAUCGCUUCCCUGGCAAGGAAGGAAACAUGAAUUGCAGAGCAUGCUUGCAGAAGAACUGCAGAAAGAAAUAUCUGUUUUCAAGAAUAGACAUUCAGAUAUUGUACUAAAACCCAAAGAUGUGUUUCAGAUUAAAAUCCAUGACACUGGAACAAACUGCGGCAUCGUUGAGGUUGCGGUGAGGUCUGUUGAUGGAUGUGUGUUCCAUGAUCCUUUAGGUCCAGCUUCCUUCAAAAUUGAAAAAGACUCUAAUGCUUUUGUCAGGUUGUCCUUUGAUAAGUGGAUGGAAGUGGCCACAGGCUGAGCUACACUAUGGUCACUUAAACCAGUCACCUUUCGGGGUAAUUUUGGAUGGACUGAGUCCUUCAAAGACAGACGUGGUCUAACUGAUUCACCCAGUGUGAGGUAGAAACAAGUAUUUGCCCUCGUGUACUGAGAGCAAGCAACGUGAGAUCUCCAUCAUUCAACAAAUUUGAGGUAACAUGAACACUGAAUCAGUCUUGCAGAUGACCUUCCUUAUCCUAGACAUCAUUUCACGGCGACUUCGAGAAUGACACAGUAGUUGAUACCACAAUAAACAUGGUCUGUACAGUGA